AUAUUACAUGGCAUUGAUCACUAGGGACCAGUCGGUUCCCGUACAACAUACAGGAUGGCACUUGAAUGGGCAGUCCCGUGGAUCAGCCUCUGCUUUGGACUGUCUGCUGCAACCAGUGCUACGGUUCAGGCAGUCACCAAAUUACCAGUAUUUACAGAAUUGAAAGCCUCCCACGACGACCAGUUCUGCAGCACAUGGGGAAACUACCAUUUCAGAACAUUCGACAGAGAGUUCUUCCAGCUUCGCUCCAAUUGCAACUAUCUGCUUGCAUCCAACUGUAAAAGCAGCUAUGAGGAUUUCAACAUCCAGCUGCAACGCCAAGAGACAGGUGGGAUCACCGCCAUAAAGCGGGUGGCCAUGAGGCUGAAUGGAGUGGUGGUGGAACUGUCCAGCUCCUCCAUCAUGGUCAAUGACAAGCCGGUGGCGCUGCCGUUCAGCCAGGUUGGCAUCUCAAUCGAGAGAACCUUCUCAUAUGUUAAAGUGGAGGCAACAAUGGGUGUGAUUGUCAUGUGGAACGAACAAGACACGCUCUGGGUUGAGUUGGAUGCGAAAUACAAGAAUCAGACUUGUGGCUUGUGUGGUGACUUCAAUGGAGAUCAGAUUGAGGGAGAAAUUGAGGAUGUUGGGGAGGCAUGGAAGGCCGACAGUCCAACUGAAAACUGCGACGAAAACUUGUCUCCUUUCCCACAGACCUGCUCCAAAACUCAGAGAUCCAUCUGUGAGACUGCCGUGUCAGGACCCGCCUUCCUCAGUUGUCAAGACCUAAUUGACAGGGAUGCUUUUGUGGAAGCAUGCAUGAAGGACUUGUGCAACUGUAAUGGUUCCACUCCCUGUUUGUGUUCCACCAUGUCAGAGUACUCGCGUCAAUGCGCUCAUGCAGGGGGGGAGCCACAGGAAUGGAAUGCACAUUUGUGCGCGAAAAAAAAAUGCCCACUUAACAUGGUCUACAAAGAGUGUGGGAGCCCCUGCACAAACACUUGCAGCAACCCACAGAGGAGUGAAGUGUGUGAAGAUCAUUGCAUCGACGGAUGCUUCUGUCCUCCAGGGACCCUUUUGGAUGACAUCGGUGAUAAUGGAUGUCUGCCUGCGGACCAGUGCUCCUGCAUCCACAAUGGCCAGCCAUACAAACCUGGUGAAUCCUACUCCAGGGCCUGUCAGACAUGCACUUGUACUCAGGGUGAAUGGAGGUGUAGCGACAAGGACUGCCCUGGGGUCUGCUCCAUGCUGGGAGGCUCCCACAUCUCCACCUAUGAUGAUAAAACAUACACUUUCCAUGGCGACUGCUCCUAUGUUAUUACAAGGCAGGUGAAUGGGACUUUCGUUGUCCUGGGUGAAAUUGUCAAAUGUGAGAAAUCGGAUAAAUCAACCUGCCUGAAUGCAGUCGCUCUAGUGCUGUCAAAAUCCACGGUGAUUGUUGUGGAAGCAAGCGGGCACGUUUUUGUCAACAAACUCACCUCUCAGCUACCUCUCUUCAUGGAUGACAUAACAAUCUUCAGCCCAUCCACGUUUUACAUUGUGAUCCACACCGUCUACGGGCUUCACCUUGAAAUCCAGCUCACGCCCAUCAUGCAGGUUUACAUCAAAGCCGGUCUGUCUCAUAGAGGCAAACUCCAUGGUCUUUGUGGAGAUUUUAACAACGUUGAAGUCGAUGACUUCAAAACCGUAUGCGGAAUGAUUGAAGGGACAGCUGCUACAUUUGCCAACUCAUGGAGGGCUAAAGGAGGAUGUCCAGAUGUCACCAAUACACUCGGUGACCCCUGCCUGCUGAGUGUCGAUAAGGAGAAAUAUGCCAACCACUGGUGCUCUUUGCUGACCAACACAUCAGGAGUGUUUUCCAAGUGCCAUUCCGAGAUAAACCCAGAAGAAUACGUUACUUCCUGUAUCUAUGACACGUGUGCCUGCGAAAACAGCGAGGAUUGCAUGUGUGCUGCCAUGUCCUCCUACGUUCACGCAUGUGCCGCUGCUGGUAUCUCCUUAACUGGAUGGCGGGAAGUGGUGUGCAAAAAAUACACAACAACCUGCCCGUCGAAUAUGGUAUUUGACUACGACAUGACAAGCUGUGGCCGCACAUGCCGCUCUCUGAGCCAAUCGGAUUUAACUUGUGAGGUUGAUUUUACGCCGGUGGAUGGCUGCGGCUGUGCUGAGGGCACCUACCUCAACGAGAAGGGGGUGUGCGUGGCGGCGGCCCAGUGCUCCUGCUACGUAGGGGACACGGUGGUGCGACCCAAGCAGACUGUCAGGGCACACGGACAAAUAUGUUCCUGCCGUAGUGGAAAACUAAUCUGUGCAGGAAACCACACAACUGAAACCUGCAGCGCACCAAUGGUUUUCUUCAACUGCUCAAGUGCAAAACCAGGCGACACGGGGUCAGAGUGCCAAAAAACCUGCCAGACUCUGGACACAGAAUGUGUCAGCUCGCAUUGUGUCUCAGGCUGCGUCUGUCCUGAUGGUCUGUUGUCUGAUGGUAAAGGAGGCUGUAUUAAAGAGUCUCAAUGUCCCUGCACGUACAAUGGACAAUCCUACAAGCCUGGACAGACUGUUAAUGUGGACUGCAACACCUGCACUUGCAAAAGCAGACAAUGGCAAUGUACCGAUCGGCAGUGUGAUGGAAGCUGUACAAUAUAUGGAGAAGGCCAUUACAUCACCUUCGAUGAGAAGAAAUUUUCUUUCAACGGGGACUGUGAUUACGUCUUUAGUCAGGAUUACUGCGGUGACGGUAAGGAGGGCACUUUUAGGGUCCUGACUGAAAGCAUUCCCUGUGGGACAAGCGAUAACGUCUGCUCCAUUGCCGUCAAGCUCUUCUUAGGGAACAAUGAAAUUAUCCUUAAAGAGGAAAACGUCAAAGUUAUCAAACAAAACAAAGGGAUAGACAUACCCUAUAAAGUCCACUCUAUCGGGAUGUAUGUUGUCAUUGAGGCAAAGAAUGGUCUUGUUCUCAUCUGGAAUAGGAAGACGACACUCAUGAUCAAACUGAGCUCCACAUUCAAGGGAAAAGUUUGUGGGCUAUGUGGAAAUUUCGACGGAAGCAUCAAGAAUGAUUUUUCCACCAGAAACAAAGAGCUUGUGGUGGACGCCUUUAAGUUCGGAAACAGCUGGAAAGUGUCACCAAGCUGUCCCAAUACAAAUGCACUAAAAAAUCCCUGCGUGCUGUACUCGCACAGGCAGGCAUGGGCUCUGAAACACUGUAGCAUUAUCAAGAGUGAAGUGUUUGGGGCUUGUCAUUCAAAGGUGGAUCCACAGCCUUAUUAUGAUGCUUGUGUAAGAGACACAUGCGCCUGCAAUACUGGAGGAGAUUGUGACUGCUUCUGCUCGACUGUGGCAGCCUAUGCAGCCGCCUGUAAUAAGGCUCAAACUUGUAUAGAUUGGAGAACACCCACUAUCUGUCCUGUAUACUGUGAUUACUACAAUCCCAAGGAUGUGUGUGAAUGGCACUACGAGCCUUGUGGAAAGCCAUGCACGAAGACAUGCAGAAAUCCCUCAGGAGAAUGCUAUACCCAAAUCCCACCAUUAGAAGGCUGUUAUCCACGGUGUCCACCCCAACAACCAUAUUUGGAAGAGGAAACAAUGAAGUGUGUGUCAAGGGAAGACUGCGGAUGCUAUGAUGAUGACGGGAAGCAUUAUACAGAAGGAGAGAUAAUGCCUCAGACAGAAAACUGUCAGACAUGUAAAUGUAUUUCAACAAAAAGGGAAUGUACUUAUGAUGCCAAAGCUUGCACUUGCACAUACAAAGGGAAAAUAUACAAGUAUGGAGAAGUUGUAUAUGAUAUUCACGAUGGAGCUGGAACCUGCAUUACUGCUUAUUGCGGUGAACAUGGAAAUAUCACAAGAGUGGUUCGGCCUUGCAGUUCAACAACACAGCAGCCGACAACAACUGAAUUUGUGUUUGUGACAACAGAAGGACCGACUUCCACAGCAGAAACCACAGUGAAAGAAACGACAACAAGUGUAAACCCCAUCAAAACAACCCUCGAACCCACAACGUUCACAGAAGAACCCACCACCAUAACAACAACCACAGAAAUGCCAUCCAUACCAACAACCAUUCCAACAAACCCAACCACAAUUACAACGGAAAAUGUCCAAACCACGACAACCACAGAAACGCCAACAUCAACACCAUCUGACUGUCUUGUUUGUUACACAUCACCUUGGAUCAACAACCAUUACCCUGACUUUUCUCCAAAUGGUGGAGAUUAUGAGUCGAUUGAAAACAUAACCGAUCCAAAUCUGAGUGAAUGUAAACAACCACUUCAAAUAGAAUGCAGGGCAACGCAAUACCCAGAUCUAUCUUUGGACGAACUAGAUCAGAAAGUUACAUGUAACCCAACAGAUGGAUUGAUCUGUCAUAACAAAGACCAAGGUAUCCCUCCAAUUUGUUAUGACUAUGAGAUACAAGUCAAAUGUUGCAUUAAUGAUUGUGCCACGACAACAAAAGCUAUAACUACAAGUGCAACAACACCCAUAUUGACAACGGAAAAGUCCAGCACAACUGCACCAACAACCACAGAAAAGCCAUCCAUGCCAACGACCAUUCCAACAAACCCAACCACUGUUACAACAGAAAAAUCAACAACACGUGCCAUGACAACAGAAAAACCCAGCACUACUGCAGCCACAACCACAGAAAAGCCUACAACUAAUGCCAAAACAACUAUUAUACCGACUGAAAAACCCACCACAGCUACAGAAGUACCAACAACAACAACCACAGUUACAGAAAAACCUACAACAAUGCCGAAAACAACAACCACAGAAAGUCCCACCACUACUGCAGUUACAACUGGAAAACCCAUCACCACUACACCUGAAGUUGUCACAUAUACGGUUGUUACAAUCGCACCAUCAACAGAACCCAUGGUCACAUCUACAACAGAGGCCCAAACUACAACAGAAAAACCUAUUAAAACAACAUUUACAGAAGAGCCCACCACUAUAACAACAACCACAGAAAAGCCAUCCAUACCAACAACCAUUCCAACAAAUCCUACCACAGUUACAACUGAGAAAAUAACAACACAUACAAUAACAACAGAAAAACCCAGCACUACUGCAGCCACAACCACAGAAAAGCCCACAACUGUGGCUGUCACAACCCCCCGAGCCACUGAACAACCUACUACAACUACAGAAAAACCAACAACAGUUACAGAAUUUACAACCAUAGUAACAGAGCAACACACCUCAACUGUUGAAGUUACAGAAAAGCCCACCACAGCAUCUACAGAAAAAAUAAGCACCAUUGCGGCAACAACAGAAAGACCAACCACUGUCACAGAAAAUCCCACAACUACAGAAAGACCAACCACUACCACCACAGUAGUAGAAACAACCACAGCCUCCGAAACCAUUGGUACUACCGCCACUACAACAAAAGUCACAGAAAAAAUAACCACAGUAAAUACAGAACAGCCAAGCACUACAGCCAAAACAACAGAAAAACUGACCACGGAAGCUACAGAAAAGCCCACCAUAGUGACAACAGAAAAGAUAGUCACAACAAUGCCGAAAACAACAACCACAGAAAGUCCCACCACUACCGCAGUUACAACUGGAAAACCCAUCACCACUACACCUGAAGUUGUCACAUAUACGGUUGUUACAAUCGCACCAUCAACAGAACCCAUGGUCACAUCUACAACAGAGGCCCAAACUACAACAGAAAAACCUAUUAAAACAACCCCCCAACUCACAACAGUUACGGAAGAGCCCACGACUAUAACAACCACAGAAAAGCCAUCCAUACCAACAACCAUUCCAACAAAUCCUACCACAGUUACAACUGAGAAAGUAACAACGCAUACAAUAACAACAGAAAAACCCAGCACUACUGCAGCCACAACCACAGAAAAGCCUACAACUAAUGCCAAAACAACUAUUAUACCGACUGACAAACCCACCACAGCUACAGAAGUACCAACAACAACAACCACAGUUACAGAAAAACCUACAACCAUAGUUACACAAAAGGCCAGUACUACUGUUGCCAUAACCACAGAAAAGCCCACAACUGUGUCUGUCACAACCCCCCAAGCCACUGAACAACCUACUACAACUACAGAAAAACCAACAACAGUUACAGAGUUUCCGAGUACAGUAACAGAGCAACACACUUCAACUGUUGCAGUUACAGAAAAGCCCACCACAGCAUCUACAGAAAAAAUAAGCACCGUGGCUGCAACAACAGAAAGACCAACCACUGUCACAGAAAAUCCCACAACUACAGAGAGACCAACCACUACCACCACAGUAGUAAAAACAACCACAGCCUCCGAAACCAUUGGAACUACCGCCAGUACAACAAAAGUCACAGAAAAAAUAACCACAGUGAAUACAGAACAGCCAAGCACUACAGCCAAAACAACAGAAAAACUGACCACGGAAGCUACAGAAAAGCCCACCAUAGUGACAACAGAAAAGAUAGUCACAACAAUGCCGAAAACAACAACCACAGAAAGUCCCACCACUACUGCAGUUACAACUGGAAAACCCAUCACCACUACACCUGAAGUUGUCACAUAUACGGUUGUUACAAUCGCACCAUCAACAGAACCCAUGGUCACAUCUACAACAGAGGCCCAAACUACAACAGAAAAACCUAUUAAAACAACCCUCCAACUCACAACAGUUACGGAAGAGCCCACAACUAUAACAACAACCACAGAAAAACCAUCCAUACCAACAACCAUUCCAACAAAUCCUACCACAGUUACAACUGAGAAAGUAACAACACAUACAAUAACAACAGAAAAACCCAGCACUACUGCAGCCACAACCACAGAAAAGCCUACAACUAAUGGCAAAACAACUAUUAUACCGACUGAAAAACCCACCACAGCUACAGAAGUACCAACAACAACAACCACAGUUACAGAAAAACCUACAACCAUAGUUACACAAAAGGCCAGUACUACUGUUGCCGUAACCACAGAAAAGCCCACAACUGUGGCUGUCACAACCCCCCAAGCCACUGAACAACCUACUACAACUACAGAAAAACCAACAACAGUUACAGAGUUUCCAAGUACAGUAACAGAGCAACACACUUCAACUGUUGCAGUUACAGAAAAGCCCACCACAGCAUCUACAGAAAAAAUAAGCACCGUGGCUGCAACAACAGAAAGGCCAACCACUGUCACAGAAAAUCCCACAACUACAGAAAGACCAACCACUACCACCACAGUAGUAGAAACAACCACAGCCUCCGAAACCAUUGGUACUACCGCCACUACAACAAAAGUCACAGAAAAAAUAACCACAGUAAAUACAGAACAGCCAAGCACUACAGCCAAAACAACAGAAAAAAUUACCACGGAAGCUACAGAAAAGCCCACCAUAGUAACAACAGAAAAGAUAGUCACUACAAUGCCGAAAACAACAACCACAGAAAGUCCCACCACUGCUGCAGUUACAACUGUAAAACCCAUCACCACUACACCUGAAGUUGUCACAAAUACGGUUGUUACAAUCGCACCAUCAACAGAACCCAUGGUCACAUCUACGACAGAGGCCCAAACUACAACAGAAAAACCUAUUAAAACAACAUUUACGGAAGAGCCCACGACUAUAACAACAACCACAGAAAAGCCAUCCAUCCCGACAACCAUUCCAACAAAUCCUACCACAGUUACAACUGAGAAAGCAACAACACCUACAAUAACAACAGAAAAACCCAGCACUACUGCAGCCACAACCACAGAAAAGUCAGAGACCACAAUCAUAAUCACAACAGAAAGGAUUAGUACUACUGUCGCCACAACUACACAAAAGUUUACUUCCCCAGUGACCACAAAGAAUGCAAUCAAAACAACCGCAGAGACAACCGCAGAAGCGACAGAAGAGGCGACAGAAGAGCCUUUGACAACUUCUCAGUCUUCAACAGCAGGCAGAACCACUCAGUGCUUCUGCAAAUAUUUGGGUCACAUUUUCCAUCCAGGGUCUACGAUUUACAAUAAGACAGACGAAGCAGGCUGGUGUUUUACAGCAUAUUGCAAUAUGACUUGCCAUGUUGACAAGUAUAUAGGACUAUGUCAGCCGACCACUCCACCAAGUCCUACCACCACCUCAACAACGCCUGUAGUAACAACACGAGUUAUGUCAACAACAGUCACUACAGCAGCUCCCCCGAAAGACUGUUCCUACCUCGUCCCACCAAGGAAGCAUGGUGAGACUUGGAGUUCAAGCAAGUGCACCUUUGAAAUGUGUGAUGAUGGAAAAGUGCUAACACACCACGUGCCGUGCGAUCCAGUAACAAUUCCAGUUUGUGAAAAUGGCCACCCACCAGUUAGGGUUUAUGAUGAAGAUGGUUGCUGUUUCCAAUACGAAUGCAAAUGUGUUUGCACCGGAUGGGGAGAUCCACACUAUGUCACGUUUGAUGGCCAAUACUACAGCUUUCAGAAAAACUGCACUUAUGUUCUGGUUAAAGAGAUCGUUCCUAAGCACAAUUUGAAAAUCCUUAUUGACAAUGAGAACUGUGACGCUACAGGAACAGUGACUUGUGCUAACAGCUUGAUUGUGUAUUACAAGAACUAUGAAGUCAUUCUCACACAGGAGAGGAUCCCAAAGACAGUCAACAUGGUGUACGUCAAUGGCAAGGAAGUCACCCCAACCUAUUCCAACAAGGACUUUAUCAUCACAAGUACUUCAAUAGAACUGCUUCUGAGAAUCCCUGCGAUUGAAGCAGUUGUGAUGUUCAAGGGCCUUUUAUUCAGCGUUGAUUUACCAUUUUCCCAGUUCGGCAAUAACACAGAGGGACAGUGUGGAACAUGUGACAAUCACAGAAAGAACGACUGCCGAAUGCCUAGCGGUGACAUUUCCCCCUCUUGCCCCGAGAUGGCUCAUGAGUGGCACGUGCCAGAUAAGAACAAACCGUACUGCAAUAAUCCACCUCCUCCGACGACACCGGUUCCAACACCGACACAACCCCUCUGCAAACCGGAAAUUUGCGACAUUUUAAUCAGCAAGGUGUUUGAGGAAUGCCACAAAGUCAUCUCACCGGAAUCCUUUUAUAAGGCCUGCAAAUUUGAUGUCUGCCAGAUGCCAAACUCCACCGUGGGAUGCUCCAGUCUGGAGGCGUACGCGAUGAUGUGUGCCGAGGCAUCUGUCUGUGUCGACUGGAGGGGUGCUGCAAAAGGAAAAUGCGAAUAUAAAUGUCCUGCAAAUAAAGUCUACAAACCUUGUGGGCCGAUUGUUGUACCAACUUGCAAUGCAAGGUAUAAUGACAAGUAUUCACAGCAAUGCCAAGGAGAAAACAACAACCAGAAAUCUGACUGUAAGAUAUUUGUGGAGGGAUGUUUCUGUCCACCUGGCACAACCUUGUUCAGUUCAAGCUCCGACCUCUGCGUCUCAUCUUGUUGCACCGGACCCGAUGGCCAACCGAAACAGUUUGGUGACAUGUGGCAGAGUGGCUGCCAACAGUGUGUCUGUGAUGAAGACACGCUGAGUGUGCAAUGUGAGCCUCGCGUGUGUCCCCAUCAACCAUCCAUAGUAUGUGAUAAAGAGGGCGAGGUGUUGGUGAACCGUACGGUGGACUGCUGUGAGACGCUGGCCUGUGAAUGUGAUAAAAAUCGGUGUCCACAGCCACUUGAAAUGUGUCCAGUGGGAUUUGCAUUGCUGAUUCAAGUCUCAAAUGAUAGCUGCUGCCCCUCCUAUGAUUGUGUUCCCAAAGGUGUUUGCGUCUUCAAUGACACUGAGUACAAGCCUGGAAUGCACUUUUCCAAAGACGCAUGUGCAACUUGCUUUUGUACUGAGGCUCAAAAUCCAACCAGCAAGCUGAAUGUCAUUGAAUGUCAUCAGAAAAUGUGCUUCGUUCAGUGUCCAGAGGACUCUGAGUAUCAGACUCAACCUGGGGAAUGUUGCGGCAUAUGUAAAAAGACGAGCUGCCUUAUUGAGCACCCAGGCCUCGUUCCAGUCAUUAUUAAGCCUUCUCAGUCUUGGUGGCCACCAAAUGAUAACUGUACCAGGUAUGACUGCUACAAGGUGAAAGAUGAGGUCAUCACUUCCGUGAACCAAACCCAGUGUCCUGACUUUGAUCCGGAGAACUGCAUUCCUGGAACAGAACAAAGCGACGUCAAUGGUUGUUGCAAAACCUGUACUCCUCGUUCCAGCUGUAAACUGAAUAGAAACACCACCUACUUGCACAUAAAUAAUUGCAAGUCAGUAGUACCAGUAGAAAUGACGACCUGCGAGGGAUCCUGUGGCACAUCAACAUCAAUGUACUCUGCAGAAAGCAACCGCCUGACGCACUCUUGCUCCUGUUGUCAAGAAACAACUACCAGACAGAAGGAAGUGGAGAUGAUUUGCUCUAAUGGCAGCAAGAUUAAGCACUCCUACAUCUCAAUUGAAAAAUGUGGCUGUCAAGUGGCACGAUGUACACAAAUCUAAAGGCUAUUGCGGAGGCCUAAGUCUUCGCAAUGAAUGAAUUGUUUUACUACUGAUAUGGCUUGGCUUAUACAUUCUUAGGAGAGGGGAAAAACACUUUUAUUUCAAUAAACAUUUUCCUAUUGCA